AACGCCACUUGGACGAACCACCAGAUGGAGGUUGACCAGCGAUGCUCUCCGAUGCUUAGGCCCGUGGUUUGGUGAAGUUUUAGCGGAAAGUUCACGAAGCCAACCAGCUGAAAUAGCAUCAUAAGAAACGAGAAUGUCCCAAACGAAGCUCCUACGAUAAUGCUCUCCACCGAUGCCAUCGUGGACUGAUGGAACUCCUGGACAUGUCCCGGAUGAGGAUGUGCGCCGUAAAGCAUUAAAAUUGUAUCGGUGAUGAAUGUGCAGUGGGCAUGCAAAUGCUUCAUCAGUAUCAGUAAGUCCCGUCCAAAUACAUCGCCAUCCCCAUUUAGGCCCCAGCAAGGACUACGAUCCUUCCAGUCCGCCAGCGAUGAAUCUCGUGUUACCACUGCUACCAACAGCACGGCAGCUCUUGUCGGCCGCCUUCAUCCUCUUCAAGCUUUUCGGCUUCAUACCGUUCUCGUUCGAAUGCUACACGUUUAAGCUGAAGCCUACCGGCGCCACCGAAACACUGUUGCAUCUGCCCGUGGUACAGUUCCUUUUCUAUGCCACCGUGUUCUGGCUGUCGCUCAAGUACCGCGCGAACAUCUUUUACACCGAUCUGCAGAUCCUGAGCGUCAACGAUAUACUAAAGUAUGGAUCGCUCAUGUUGGCUGUGUUUGUCACGUUGAUCUUCACCGUUCUACAGCGCAACACACACCGAAGCACCUGGGACAUGUUGGAGCUUAUUCGGAACACUGCGCGGCUGAAACUCGUACAAGCCUUCACGCACCACUAUCUGUGGAAGUUUUAUAGCUAUCUGGUGUUUAGUGUGAUGAUCGAAGCGCUAGUCCUGCACAGUAUCUUUAAAUCGCCGUCCGAUGUAGCGUACUGGUUGGUAAUACUGGUCCUGCACGCCUUUCUUCGGCUGCGCCAUCUUUUCCACAUGUGCUUUAUCGAUGUACUCAAGGUACAUCUACAGCAGCUGCACUAUGGGCUGGUAGAGAUUGGUGAGUAUGUGGGUGAGCUUCGUGUACAUCGGCAAGAUUCGGAUGCCUACCGGGAGAUGUACCACCGUUGCAUCGAUCGUUUGCUGGAGCUGAAACGGCUGUACGGGCAGCUGUGGGAGCUUAGCGAUCGGAUCAACCGUACCUUUGGGUGGGCCCAGAUCUGUAACUUUACCGCCAACUUUGUGCAGCUAUCGUGCGAUCUUUACUGGUGCUAUGUGGCGAAGCUGUACAGUAAUGAUGGUCUCCAAGAUGUGUUCAUAGUACUCUUGCCAACGGUAUUUCUGAUCGUGCUUUUAUUGCACUCUGCCGAGUCUUGCCUGCGUGUGGCAUCCUCACUUCAUUCGGCACUGCUGGAAAUCCCGCUCGAGAACGAUCCUACCCUUCGCAAGAUCAUCUAUCGCAUUGGUCUGCAGAUCGCUCAGCAACGGAUUCGACUGACCGCUAAUGGGCUGUUUGAAAUUAACUACUCACUUUUGAAAAUGUUCGGUACGGGAAUUACGACGUACAUGAUCAUUUUCAUCACGUUCUCCAAAGGAAUACCCUUUCAGGAAAUCGAUGUCGUUUAAUUUUGCAAUACUCGCCGAGCUGUC